AUGACAAACGACGACUUCAAAUUAAAGGCCGGACUGGCUCAAAUGCUGAAAGGUGGAGUCAUCAUGGAUGUGGUAAACGUUGAACAGGCCAUCAUCGCUGAGAAGGCAGGCGCAUGUGCUGUCAUGGCCCUAGAGAGAGUUCCAUCUGAUAUUCGUAAGGAAGGUGGAGUGUCACGAAUGAGUGAUCCGCAAUUCAUCAAGGAAAUCAUGGAAGCUGUCUCCAUUCCUGUCAUGGCAAAAUGUCGUAUCGGACAUUUUGUCGAAGCCCAGAUAUUGGAGUCUCUAGGCGUUGACUACAUUGAUGAAUCUGAAGUUUUGACCCCAGCAGACAAGAAGUUGCACAUUACCAAGAACGACUUCAAGGUGCCAUUUGUUUGUGGCUGUAGGGAUCUUGGAGAAGCUCUAAGAAGAACCUACGUUGAAGGAGCUGCUAUGCUAAGAACCAAGGGGGAGGCAGGUACCGGUGACAUCUCCGAGGCUGUCAGUCACAUUGCUUUGGUAAAAGAACAAAUCAACCAAUUGCUAGCCAUCAAGACUGAAAAAGAUUUGAACGCCUUUGCUGAGGAGCUGAGGGUACCAAUUGAGGUUCUCAGAGAAUUCAAGGAAGCUGGUGGAAAGUUCCCUGUGGUAAACUUUGCUGCUGGAGGUGUUGCAACACCAGCUGAUGCAGCAUUAUGUAUGCAGUUAGGGUGUGACGGUGUCUUUGUUGGAUCUGGAAUCUUCAAGAGUGAAUAUCCUGAAAAGAUAGCUGCUGCCAUUGUGCACGCUGUCACCCAUUACAAUGACCCAGCUAAAUUGCUGGAAUACUCAAAAGAUUUGGGUAAGUGCAUGUUUGGAAUAACUGUUGAUAGCUUGAAAUCUUCAGAGAAGCUUUCUACUCGUGGAUGGUAA